AAUUUGGUCAUGCUCUGUCAUUUUCACUUUAUUUCAUUCAAUCGUUUCUUCUCUUUUUUGUGUAGUUAAAUGAGGCGAUGAGUUGUUUUGUAUAUUUAUUUUAGACUAGCCUAAAUUAAAAUAUUUUAUAAAAAUGAAAACGGCUCUUAUGGUGGCAGAAAAGCCAUCGUUAGCCCAGAAUCUUGCUACUAUACUUAGUAAUGGCAAAUGUACAACCAAUAAAGGUUCGAACUCUGCUUGUGCUGUACAUGAAUGGAACGGGACAUUUAAAAAUGAACCAGUACGUUUUAAAAUGACGUCUGUAUGUGGACAUGUAAUGAGUUUAGAUUUCACGGGUAAAUACAAUAAUUGGGACAAAGUUGAUCCUGUCGAGUUGUUUAGCUGUCCGACAGAGAAGAAGGAAGCUAUGCCUCGUUUGAGAAUACCAGCGUUUUUAUCGCAAGAAGCAAGAGGUUGUGAUUACCUUGUAUUAUGGCUUGAUUGUGAUAAAGAAGGGGAAAAUAUAUGCUUUGAGGUUAUGAACUGCGUUCAGUCCUAUAUGAAAGGGGAUGUCUAUACAUCUCAAGUUACAUAUCGCGCUCAUUUCUCUGCUAUUACAGAAAAGGAUAUCAAAGCUGCCAUGCUUAACCUUGGUCGUCCCAAUGAGAAUGAAUCUCGAAGUGUUGAUGCUCGGCAGGAGCUUGAUUUACGAAUUGGAUGUGCAUUCACUCGGUUUCAGACUAAGUACUUUCAAGGCAGAUAUGGUGAUCUGGAUGCUUCACUUAUAUCUUAUGGUCCAUGUCAGACACCAACCCUUGGAUUUUGUGUACAACGACAUGAUGAGAUACAAACUUUUAAGCCUGAGACCUACUGGGUGCUUAGAGUAACAGCUUCCACAUCUGAGGGAAGGGAACUGCCUCUAGAGUGGAAGAGAGUUCGAAGUUUUGAAAAAGAUAUAGCUAAUAUGUUCCUGGCUGGAAUAAAAGAAAUUAAAGAAGCCACAGUUACCAAUAUACAGGCAAAAGAGAAAGUGAAGCCUCGACCAGCUGCUUUAAAUACAGUGGAGCUGAUGAGAGUGGCCAGUGCAGGGUUGGGUAUGGGUCCCCACCAUGCUAUGCAGAUUGCAGAGCGUCUAUACACGCAAGGUUACAUAUCAUAUCCACGUACAGAAACAACUAGCUACUCUGAAAAUUUCGAUUUGAUUGGCACACUUCGUCAGCAGCAAAACUCUACGAAAUGGGGCGCGGAGGUGCGCGCGCUUAUCGCAAAUGGAAUAAACAAACCCAAGAAGGGCCACGACGCCGGUGACCAUCCUCCUAUCACACCUAUGAGGCCAGCUUCCGAGAGUGAACUAGAGGGCGACAUGUGGCGUAUCUACGACUACGUGACGCGACAUUUCAUCGCAACGCUGUCGCGCGACUGCAAGUACCUCAGCACGACCAUCACCUUCCAAAUAGGCACCGAGACCUUCUACUAUACCGGGAACACGCUAGUCGAUGCCGGCUAUACUGAGAUUAUGCAUUGGCAGGCAUUCGGCAAGGACGAGUUCGUGCCGCCGCUUCAAGUGGACGACAUACUGCGCGCCCACGACCAUCGACUGGUGGAGUGUCAGACCUCGCCGCCGGACUAUCUCACCGAGUCAGAGGUGAUAACGUUGAUGGAGAAGCAUGGUAUAGGCACGGACGCGUCCAUUCCAGUGCACAUCAACAAUAUCUGCCAGCGGAAUUACGUGACGGUGGGUAGCGGGCGUCGACUCGUGCCCACCAACCUUGGGAUUGUGCUCGUACACGGAUAUCAAAAGAUCGAUCCAGAACUGGUAUUGCCGACAAUGCGUUCAGCCGUUGAAGAACAAUUGAAUCUUAUAGCUGUCGGCCGGGCGGACUUCCACGCUGUGUUAGCGCACACAACUGAGAUAUUCCGUAGAAAGUUCCAGUACUUUGUACGCUCCAUAGAAGCGAUGGACCAGUUGUUCGAAGUUAGCUUCUCGUCUUUGAAGGCUAGUGGCAAAGCGCUGUCUCGAUGCGGGAAAUGUCGGCGGUACAUGCGAUACAUUCAAGCAAAGCCAGCUCGCCUGCAUUGUUCCCACUGCGACGACACGUACGGACUACCACAGAAUGGUACUGUUCGUAUCUAUCGGGAACUCAAGUGUCCACUUGACGACUUCGAGCUUCUAUCCUGGUCCUCGGGCAACAAAGGGAAGAGCUUCCCCCUCUGUCCGUACUGCUACAAUCACCCACCGUUCAGGGAUAUGAAGAAAGGCUUCGGCUGCAACUCGUGCACCCACCCCACGUGCCCGUACGGUGUAAACUCGACCGGUGUAUCCGGCUGUGUCGAGUGUGAGGCGGGCGUCCUUGUAUUAGACCCUGCUGCGCCCAAGUGGAAGCUAGCCUGCAACCGGUGCGACGUGAUAAUCAACAUCUUCGAGGACGCGUCGCGCGUGACUGUUUGCGAGCAGCAGUGCAGCGCGUGCGGCGCCCAGCUGGUCAGCGUGGAGUACCGCGCCGACCGCACGCGCCUGCCCGCCGCGCUCACCGAGAUGACCGCCUGCCUCUACUGCGAGCCCAGCUUCAGUGCACUCGUGGAGAAGCACCGUGCUGUAGCGGCUCGGGCGCCAGCGGGGCGAGGCGGCCGUGGCGGGAGGGCCCGUCUCAACAAGCAUCGCAACAAACAGCCCAAGGAUAAGAUGGCGCAGCUCGCUGCAUACUUCGUAUAGGAGACAUGCAACAGGCCACAACACAUACGUCAUGUUUCAACAUUUUUCAGAAGUAUUUAAGGUUAGAACUACAUUCAGCAUAUCGGUUACAUGAAUAUCUAGGAAUAGAAGUAGUUAACAUGGACUGUCCAUCAAAUGUACGUCACAUUUGGAGUCACAUAAGAAAACGCGCAACGCGCCGCGCCGUCGAUAUUCCGUUAACCAAACAUACACUGGGUGUAAGCGUACUUCGAGAUUAUUAUAACCGAUCUUUUGCGUGUAAACGGUAUACACACCGUACAUACUUGAUACAUCAAAUUAUAUACAAUUUGAUGUAUUGACAUUCCGUUGCGGAUGAUCGGCAACAGAAAAGCGGCCUAUUGUGCGGUAAUCUACGAACAUUCGCACUGAAAUUUUUCUAUCAGUUUUCAAAUUCAAUAUUUCUUAACUAUUUUAUAAAAAGGACUCUGAUGAUCAAGUAAAAAUUAAUAAUUUGAUAUCACAUCGAAAUUUUUACUGUAAAGAUCAAUAUGAAUUCAUUUUCUAAUACAUUUACGUCAAAAUUAUUGUAAAUUUAGGAUAGUUUAUGAAGUAGUAAUUUUACGAAAUUAUCAAAGUAAAAUAUAAGGCUAGAAUAAGAUAGAAUCGACCCCAAUAUUUUAAACUCGAAUCUAAGGAUAUGAUAACAUCUAUUAUAAAUAAGAAUGAUUAAUAAUAUUAAUGUAUAACAACUAUACACUUAUACUUCUUGAGAAGGGGGCGUAAAGACGUUUCUUCAGGGUCGGCAACGCGCGCCUAAUACCCCUGGUAUUGCAGGCGUUCAUAGGCUACGAUAACCGCUUAUCAUCAGGUGGGCCGUAUGCUUGUUUGUCAACUCCGUGGUAUAAAAAAAAUAACUAUACAACAAAAAACUUUGGAAAAGCUCUCAAUAUAUUUCUCUAACAUGUAGUUAUAAUGAAAAAUGUGUAUGAAACAUGACAGACAUGUUUGAAUUUCUAGAAAUUGGUCUGAAAUCUCAUGCUGUAAUUUUUUAAUAUCAACUGUUUGCAAGUGUGAAUAUGGAUGUGUAGUGUUUUUGUUAUUGUUUUAAAAAAUCGUGUGUAUAAAGUUUAAUAUGUAAUAUUGAUAGCACGAUGAGUAUUUAUUAACUUGAUUAAUAAUUUAAUUAAAUUGAUGUACUUUAUGUAGUCAGUAGAGAUACAUGGUGGAGACGUUUUGUCCGAAAUAUUACUUGUAUGUUUGAUAAUGUGUUUACUUGAAUAAUUGCACACGUUGGUGUAUGCAUUUUAUUUACGUAAGUAUGAAAGAUAUUUGAGGAAUAUUUUCAGCAAAUAUAUUGCAUGUAUGUUUAUAAUGUGGUUAUCGUACUGUAUAAUAACCGCAGAUUAUUGGCGUAUUUAUGUUCCUCUUCCGGAUUUUUUCCCGGAUGGGGCGGGGGGCUCGUUCUUUAAAAGAAAGAAACCCAUUAUGUAUUUUUAGACAUGUUUUGGUCCAUAGUUAAAAGUUCUACUUCUGGUCCUGAGGUGAGCAGUAAGCAUCAGAUAAUUCUAGAAUAGACACCAGAAUAAUAUAUAGAAUAGGCCCAUCCGGUUUCUCUUGAAUACGUCAAUGAUUGUACACUAUAUAUGUUGCAAGAAAAGUUUAUCCAUAAUAAGUAUUUUUAUGGUAGCUUCUUCGUUUUUUGUAAAACAAGGCCCUUUUAUUUCGAAUUCGCUACAACUUUGGCAAACCAUAUUUUCCAGUUCUAUUUAUUACAAUAUGUCUCGUAAUUUGGCGUGCUUCAUGGCAUAGGCCUCUUCCAGCUCUCCAAACUGAGCUCUAUCUUCUGCUACUCUGAUCCAGUAAGGUAAUUAUUUCUUGUACCAAGAAUGAAUUUACUAAGUUGAACUCUCUUUAUAUUUAUAAUAUCAUGAAAUUGGUAUUUACUCUUUUUUUUAUCAAAUUAAUCAGUGAAAAUUAUUAAUGUUCCACUAAUAUAUUUGUUAACAUACUUAAAAAUUCGAAUAGGUCAGUAGUAUACAUUUAUUUAAUGUAAAAUGAACAAAAGCUAAUUUUACAAUAAACAUCAUUAUUAUCUCAGCAAUACCCGUCCACUGCUGGACAUAGGCCUCUCCCAUAGUUGGGGGGUUUUGCUAGUAGUUGCUACACUUGGCAGGCGGGUUGGCAACCGCAGUUAAGCCUUUGGUGAUGUUUUAAGAGGGACACUGCUGCCCAUCCCUUAACCAUUCGUUUCCUUAGUGCCUCUUACGACACCCACGGGAAAGAAAGGGUUGGCCCAUUCUAUGUCGGGUAGUACAUGGCGAAAUAGUGAAUAUAACUUAUAAUAAUAUUAAUUAAAAAUAUCUAACAAAAUCGUAAACUUUUGUAUUUAUUGUUAUAGUGCAAUAAAAUAUUGAUAUAUAAAUA